AUGGAGAGCGGUGACCGGGACAUGUAUCGCCAGUUUCAGGACUGGUGCCUCAGGACUUACGGGGACUCGGGCAAAACCAAGACGGUGACCCGUAAAAAAUACGAGCGGAUUGUCCAGCUCCUGAACGGCUCCGAGACAAGCUCCACGGAUAAUGCCAAAUUUAAAUUCUGGGUCAAAUCCAAAGGCUUCCAGCUCGGCAGUCCGGACGAGGUCAGUGGUGGUGGUGGUGCUGCUGGUGGCGGAGGGAUGCAAGUGCUGUACGUGCCGGUCAAGACCACGGAUGGAAUUGGGGUAGAUGAAAAGCUGUCAUUAAGACAGGUAGCUGUUGUUGAAGAUUUCUUUGAUAUCAUCUACUCCAUGCACGUGGAAACAGGACCAAAUGGAGAGCAAAUCAGAAAACAUGCUGGACAAAAAAGAACCUAUAAAGCAAUUUCUGAGACCUAUGCCUUUUUACCAAGAGAAGCAGUGACACGAUUCCUAAUGAGCUGCUCAGAGUGCCAGAAAAGAAUGCAUUUAAACCCAGAUGGAGCUGAUCAUAAAGAUAAUGGAAAACCUCCAACAUUGGUGACAAGCAUGAUUGAUUAUAAUAUGCCAAUCACAAUGGCCUAUAUGAAGCAUAUGAAGCUGCAGCUAUUAAAUUCUCAACAAGAUGAGGAUGAAAGUUCCAUAGAAAGUGAUGAAUUUGAUUUGAGUGAUUCUACCAGAAUGUCUGCUGUGAAUUCUGACCUCAGUUCAAAUCUUGAAGAAAGAAUUCAAAGUCCACAAAAUCUUCAAAGUCAGCAAGAUGAUGAUUCAGCUGCAGAGAGUUUUAAUGGCAAUGAGACUGCAGGACGCAGUUCCAACACUUCAGGUGGAACACACUGCAGAGAAGUCGCAGAAGCCAAUAGUAAUGGUAAAACAACUCUGGAGUUAGAUGAACAGCCUCUGAACCUGAGUGACAGCCCCUUUUCUGCUCAGCUUAGUUCAGAAUACAGGUUAGAUGACCCAAACAAUGACGGAAAGAACAAGUACAAGAAUAUCCUAGCAUCUGAUCUUAAGUUGGAGCAAGAGGCAAAAGAAAAUGGAAGCAAGUCACCUGCCCAUAGUUAUUCAAGCUAUGAUUCUGGAAAAAAUGAAAACAUGGACAGAGGUGCUGAAGACCUCUCCCUGAACCGGGGAGAAGAAGAUGAUGACGACCAUGAUGAUCACGAAGAUACUGAGAAAGUCAAUGAAUCCGAUGGGGUUGAAGCUGAGCGCCUGAAAGCUUUUAAUAUGUUUGUCAGGCUGUUUGUAGAUGAAAACUUGGACCGAAUGGUCCCAAUCUCUAAGCAGCCCAAAGAAAAGAUCCAGGCUAUCAUUGACUCAUGCAGGCGACAAUUCCCUGAAUAUCAAGAGCGUGCCAGAAAGCGUAUACGUACUUACCUCAAGUCCUGCAGGCGGAUGAAAAGGAGUGGUUUUGAGAUGUCAAGACCCAUUCCCUCACAUCUUACUUCUGCAGUAGCUGAGAGUAUCCUAGCUUCUGCCUGUGAAAGUGAAAGCAGGAAUGCUGCAAAGCGCAUGCGAUUAGACCGACCGCAGCAGGAUGAGACUGCAUCUGCUGACAAACAAUUUAAACAGGAACCAACCCAGGUCACAUACUCAACAUCAACUGUUUCCAGUACACAGGAGGUGCUGUACAUUAAUGGAAAUGGGACCUACAGUUACCAUAGUUACAGAGGGUUAGGAGGAGGUCUGUUAAAUCUCAGUGAUACUUCUACUAGUGGUCCAACUGAUCUCAGUAUGAAGAGGCAGCUAGCAAGCACUUCCGGGUCUUCUAGCAAUACCAGCUCUAGACCUCAGCUGAGUCCAACUGAAAUUAAUGCAGUACGGCAACUGGUUGCAGGUUACAGAGAAUCAGCAGCAUUUUUAUUACGUUCUGCAGAUGAACUGGAAAACCUUAUUUUGCAGCAGAACUGA